CGUUGCCAGCCUUGCAUUUCUUCUAGCCAUGGUGUAUCUAAGGCGGAGGAAGGGAAAUCUACCACCUGGACCCAUGCAAGUGCCUUAUCUUGGAAGCAUUUUUGCUCUCAAUAAGGAUGUUAGACUGUUCAAGGUGUGUGAAGAACUGGCAAAAACAUAUGGUGAAAUGACAACAGUUAGCUUAGGGUUGGUACUGGAUAAGCUUGUCAUUUUGAACUCUGCAGAUGUGGUUCAUGAAGCCUUCGUAGAGAAGAAAGAAAUAAUGGCAGGAAGAGACACAACUAUUUGGUCAUCUGACUUUUUUACUGAAGGGUUUAAAGAUAUAGCGUUUGGUGACUUUGGUCCAAGCUGGAAGCUUCAAAGAAAAUUGGCACUUAAAGCUAUCAGGACAUAUGCCAUGGGGACUAAGUUGGAGCAACUAUUGAAGUCCUCCUACAGUGAUGUGGCAGCUUUAUUGGAGAAAGAGAAAGAACCUUUUUACUUUGGGGAGUACAUCCAUUUAAUGUUGUACAACAUUAUCUGUAGAAUGGCGUUUGGAAAGAGCUACAAAAUUGAUGACCCCGAGUUUCUUCAGUUGAGAAAAUUACUAACCUUGCUGGUGGAAGAUUUCUUCCAAAGUUUUCUACCACCAGAUUUGCUACCUCUGCUGGAGCAUGCACCAAUAAAAAGAGUAGCUUCAUUUAAAAAGUGUGUCAAGGAAUUGCAUGGAAUAAUCUAUAAGAAAUUGAAAGAGCACAAGGCAACUUUUAAUCCAGAUGCUACUCCACGUGACCUAAUGGACCAGCUGCUUUUAGCACAAAAAGAGUCUGAAGAGGAGGAAGGUGAAGAUACUAAGAACUUGCUGACAGACACACAUGUUGUGCAGACUGUAUCAGAUGUGUUUUUUGCUGGAACAGAAACCUCCUCAGAAACCCUGAAAUGGACACUUAUGUAUACAGCAGCUUAUCCAGAUGUUCAGGAACAGAUGCACAAUGAAAUAUUGGAUGUUUUAGGAGACGGUGAUGACCUUCUCCAAAGCAAAUCCAAGUUAACAUACUGCGAUGCUGUUUUGCAUGAAGUUAUGAGACUGAGGCCAGCGAUCCCAAUGUCUCUGUUUCACAAAGUCCUGCAAGAUACAAAACUGGGAGAAUACGAUUUGCCAAAGGGAACCAUUGUCACUCCAAACAUAUGGGGAAUACACCAUGAUCCCGCUUACUGGGAUUCACCAGAAGAAUUCAGACCAGAAAGGUUCUUGGAUGAACAUGGCAACAUACAUGUGGAUUCUAAGAUAUGGCUUCCAUUCUCCAGUGGGAAGAGAAAGUGUCUUGGGGAAGCCCUGGCCAGAUCUGACAUAAUGAUGAUCAUGGCUUUGUUUUACCGGGACUUCAAGGUGAGCUUUCCACCCAAUGUAACAGGAGACUUCGAACCUGCAGAUAAAAUUCUUGACUGCCACUGUAAACCUCAGAAACUGGUUAUUGAAAAGAGAAAAGGCUAAAUUUACAUAUUAUACUAUAUAUAUAUAUAUAUAUAUAUAUAUAUAUAUAUAAGUAUGCCAGGACAAGAAAACCAUUUUAUAUAAAAUCCUUUUUACUUUUUAUUAACAUUAGAUAAUGUUUUCCAUUUAUAUCUGAAUAGAAUAACCAUUUAACAAAUUUCAGCAUCAGCAAUGGAUAUUGGAUGGAGUAACAUGUUCAUACACCAUGUUCCAAUCUUUUAUCUUUAUAUUUUGAUAAUUGUGGAAAUACUUGACUAAAUCUAACUUCUGCUAUGGCACUUGAUUAAAUUGUUAUUACCAUGUUGGUAACUGCAUACAUACAUUUGUAUAGUUCAAGAACUUAAAGUAUAAAUGUCAAGACAAUAUGUAUAUGGUGGAGCUGUACAUGAAAGAGCUUGCACCAAAGAAGCAAUUGACUACAAAUGUGAAUGCUUCUGUGCUGAGCUUAAGACAUAUAUUUUAAACUAUAUAUAGUCUUUCAUUUAGUGGAUUCUUUUGCAAUGCUUACACUUUUUUAAAUUAAGACACUCUGCUUACAUUCCAUUUUACUAAGAAAACAACUCCUAUGUCAGUACAUUAAAUUAUGUACACAAUACCACAUGUUUACCAGUUUUUCUUUUAUCCCUCCCACUGUGACACUGGGGGUCUUGGAGUAACAUGCCAAGUAAUGACAGUUCACAGAAUCCAUUUAAUUUUUUUUACAUUAACAAAUAUUUUAGUGCAAUUUUACCUUUGGCCAUAUAUAAUUCACUUAAGUGGCAUUAAAACUUUGAUUAUCAUGUAAGUACCAAUAAAAAAUAACAGGACGAAUCAUGUGCAAACAUAAACACAUAUAGAAAUAGAAUUCAUUGUAAAAAUCAGUGACAUCAUAUACCUUCAAGAGUUCUGGAAUGAGAUUUAUAACUUUGGACAGUAUACAUAAUUAAUCACAUCUUUAAUGUGUACUGCUAGGGCUGCUUUACAUGAUCUUGGAAAAUUUUUGAUAUGCAGGCCUGUAACCAGGGGAGGUUCAGGGGUUUUGAAAGAACCACCCCUUUUGCUGGGAAAAGGUCCACUCUGGGUAAAAUUUGAUCUAGGU